AUGGAGCGCAGCGGCCCGGAGGCGGCGGACGGGGAGCCGGAGGCGGACCGGGCGGCCAGCCACAGCUGCUGCAUCUGCGGCAAGGGCUUCCCGUUCCAGAGCUCGCUGUCGCAGCACAUGCGCAAGCACACGGGCGAGAAGCCCUACAAGUGCCCCUACUGCGACCACCGCGCCUCCCAGAAGGGCAACCUCAAGAUCCACAUCCGCGGGCACCGGGGCGGCACGCUGGCGCAGGCCCAGGAGCCCGAGGCGGGGGAGCCGCGCGUGGCCGAGGGCCUGGGCGGCUGCGCCAGCCCCACCAAGAGCACGUCGGCCUGCAACCGCGUGCUCAACGGCGCCAGGGUCCUGCUGCGCGGCGGCGGCCGGCGGGAGGGCGAGGCCGGGGAGGAGCGCGCCGCGGCCCAGUGCGCCUUCUGCCGCAGCCGCUUCGCGCGCCGCAAGGAGCUGGAGCAGCACGUGCGCCAGGCCCACCGGCCCUUCCGCUGCCGGCUCUGCGGCUACGCGGCGCCGCGCCGGGAGGCCCUGCUGAGCCACGUGGAGAAGGACCACGUCGCCGCCGCGGCCGCCGCCGGCGCGCAGGGGCCCGAGCCCGGCAAGGCCGAGCCGCCGGCCGGCGAGUUCCCGUGCGAGGUGUGCGGCCAGGCCUUCAGCCAGACGUGGUUCCUCAAGGCGCACAUGAAGAAGCACCGCGGCUCCUUCGACCACGGCUGCCACAUCUGCGGCCGCCGCUUCAAGGAGCCCUGGUUCCUCAAGAACCACAUGAAGGCGCACGGGCCCCGGGCGGCCGGCAGGAACCGGCCCCGCGGCGAGCUGGAGCCCGUGGCCACCAUCAACGACGUGGUGCAGGAGGAGACCAUCGUGGCCGGCCUGUCGCUCUACGAGGUCUGCCCCAAGUGCGGCAACCUCUUCACCGACCUGGACAGCCUCAGCGCCCACAACGCCGUGCACCGCCGCGUGGAGGCCGGCCGGACGCGGGAGGGCCCCGACGGGGCGCCCCCGGCCGCCGCGCCCGCCACGCCCGGCUCGCAGCGCCGCUUCCUGCAGUGCUUGGACUUGCGGCCGGCGGGGGGCGCCGCGCCCGCCCCGGGCCCCGCGGGGCAGCGGGUGGCCGAGCUGGACCCCGUGAGCAGCUACCAGGCCUGGCAGCUGGCCACGCGCGGCAAGGUGGCCGAGCCGGCCGAGGCCCUCAAGUACGGCGCGUGGGACGAGGCGCCGGCCGGGGACGUGGCCUUCGACCGGGAGCGCCGGGAGUUCGUGCUGGUGAGCCAGGAGAAGCGCCGGCGGGAGCGGGAGCCCGAGCCCGGCCCGCAGGGGCCCCCGCGGAAGCGCUCCGGAGACCCCGCGCCUGGAGCCCCCGAGCCGCGGCCCGCCCCGCGCCCCAGCCGCCGCGCCGCCGCGCCCGCCGGCCAGGGCAAGUCCUCCGAGUGCUUCGAGUGCGGCAAGAUCUUCCGCACCUACCACCAGAUGGUGCUGCACUCCCGCGUGCACCGCCGCGCCCGCCGCCACCUGCCGCCGCGCCCCGGGGAGCCGGAGCCGGAGCCGGAGCACGCGGCCGCCCGCGGGCGCUGCGGCUCGCUCAGCGAGGGCGACUCCCCGCCCAGCAGCCCCGGCUCCCCCGGCUCCGGCCUGGCCGACGACGCCGCCGAGGAGGAGGAGAGCGGAGAGGAGGCUGCGGCCGGCCCCGCCCCAGGGCCGGAGCCACGUCACUGCUGCGUCUCGGAGGAGGCGGCGGCCCCGGCCGCGCUCUCUAACGGAGCCCAGAGCCACCCGGUCGGAAAGAGCCCGGCGGAAAGAGACCCCAGGGAGCCGCGCGCCCGGACGGCGCCCCUCCCCGGGAGCCACGGCCGAGACCCCUGCCGGAGGCCCGAGCCCCCGAAGACGGAGGCGCCCGGCCCCCGCGAGCCCUGCCCGGACGGCGCCAGGAAGCCGGUGGCCGCCCCCGACCUCACCCCGCUGGACCUGAGCGAACGGUCCACGCGGGGCGGCGCCGGCCCCCGGGAGCCGGCCUCCUCGCUGCAGGCCGCGCUCGCCGUGCACCCCUGCUCCUACUGCGGCCACAAGACUCACUACCCCGAGGUGCUCUGGAUGCACAAGCGGCUGUGGCACCGUGUGAGCUGCCACGCCGUGGCCCCGCAGUGGGUCCCGCCCAACGGGCACCGCGGCAUCCGGAACCACCUGGUGUUCCUGGCCCGCAGUGGGCGCACGGGCCCCCCGCCAGCCCUGGGCGGCAAGGAGUGCCAGCCGCUGCCCAUCGCCCGCUUCUCGCGCACGCAGGUGCCAGCCGGGGCCGCGGGGCCCAAGGGCAGCGCCUCCGCCAAGGCCAGCGGCCCGCCCAGGAGCAAGGAGGGGCCCUGGCCGGCCGGCCCCGAGGGGCCCCGGCAGCAGCGCAAGCCCAGCCCGGCCCCUGAGCCGCCCGCCGCCCCGCCGAAGCCCAAGGCCGGGCCCGCCCCGGGCAGCGGCGUCCCCCGCGGGGCCCCCUCCACGCCCGGUGUCAUCGCCCGGGCUGGCCCCCCGCCCCCGGCCUGCGGGCGGCCCGGGGAGAAGUUCCCGCCCGCCCCCUCGGGGCCCCCGCCGAAGCACAGCGCCCCGGACCCCCCGAAAGCCAAAUUCAGCCCCCAGCCUCAGGGUCAGCCGCACGGGAAAGGCGACGGGGGUCCCGCUCUACCUCCCCGCGAGUCCCCCUCCAAGGCGGGCGGCGGCGGCUCCCGGAGCAAGGCGGCCCCCGCGGCCGCCCCCCUGCUGCGCGCCGUCACCGAGGAGCCCGCGGCCGAGGGCCACGAGAAGCGCCUGGACAUCCUCAGCAUCUUCAAGACCUACAUUCCAAAGGACUUCGCCAGCCUCUACCAGAGCUGGGGUGCCAGCGGCCCCGCCCUGGAGCACAGAGGGGAGAGGCCGUUCUAACCGACACACCCAGACAACACCGGCCGCUCGGAGACGGAGCCGCAGACAAGCAGCCCACCCCGCUCCGGCCACCGCGUCAGCCCCCACCC